UGAUGACCCUGUUAUGAAACAAUUUAUACUUCACCUUGAUGAAACACUGAAAUUGGGCUCGAGGUUUGUGUUGGUGGAUCUUGAUGAAUGUCAUCUGUUUGUGCAGCCUGAAGUCUAUGACAGUUUAAAGAAUCUCAUUGAUGAACAGUAUGAGAAGGUCUAUUAUAACCAGAAGAGCAGCUUAGAAUAAAUCAUCACCGUCAUCAUGGCAACUCGAGAAUCAGGUCGUUUGAAGGAUGGAUCCUCACGGCGCAUCCUGGAUGAAGCUGCGCGUCGCCGCAGGGCCCGGAAAGCACUGGAGGCACUUGAACAAGACAAUUUCCAUGAUGACCCCCAUGCAAAUCUUGUUAUGAGCAAAAAAGCACCAAAAUUUGAUGAAUCAUUGGAUGGCAGUAGAAACAAGGAUCGCAAAAGACGAACUCGGAGCACUGAAUACUUUAAGCAGCGGUUUCGUAAGAACUUCCCGAUCUUACUGGAAGAAGAGCAGUCUCUCUAUCCAGAUGGACCCAACUAUCUAACAGUGCAAGCACCCGCCUCAAAACUCCCUGAACGUAAACUUUGCGCUGUGUGUGGUUUCCCAGCUCCCUACACCUGCAUUCCAUGUGGAUCACGAUACUGCUGCACAAAAUGUCUUUCUACUCAUGAAGAUACUCGGUGCCUAAAGUAUACAGCCUAACGAUUGAAAAAAACUGAAAAAUGGCACAUGUUUGACUACCAACCAUAUAUUUGCAAUUGUUAGUUAUUCAUUAUAAUAUAUAAAUUGGGUGUUGUUUUAUUGAAAUGGUCAAUCUUUUUAACAAUGGAAAUAAAAUGCAUAUUUCUCCCCCCCAAUUUUUUUUUUUUUUUUUUUCGAUGAAACUUUGAUGUUUUUGCAUUGUGAUUUUUUUUCUUUCUUUCUGAGAGUGAAUCAGUUUUCUAAAAUGUGAAUAUCAAAAUCUUUUAGAAUAAUUAUGAAUAACAGCAGUACAGUACCUUCAAAAUGUAAUAUGAAAUGUUACUAUGAAUAUCUUUUAGUUACUUAAUUGUUCUUUGCUUGACAUUAUUAGCAUAGACUUGGUUAGCCAGAAGAGAACCUUCAUACUACCAUUAUUAUUAUUAUUAAUAUAUUAUUAUUUUUUGUUCAUCAGCAAGUUAAAAGAAAAUAUUGUGAACUUCACAUUGUUUGUUUUCAUAUUGCAUGAAAUGCAAGGACAGAUAGGCAUAUUUGAUAUUAUCAUGGCAUCAAAUUAUGUAAUGUUUAUUUUUACAAGGAAUAUGAAUAAAACAGUGGCUUUCCCUAAA